UCAUAUACUAGUUCUUCAUCUUCCCUCUACAUCGUCUUUGACCUUAAACCUCUUCCUCCCCAACACGCUUUUUCUUAUUCUUCCUCAACAAUCUCACACCUCUUUCAUAUAUACCCUUUUCUCUGUUUUCAACUACCCUUCUCAAAGUGUUCAGGUUAAACUGCUACAUAUAUUUUAUAUUAUACAUACAUAGUUGUUGCACAACCACAACAUUAGUUAGUUAGUUCCUUAAAUUUUCCAACGCUGCAGUUUUUGUUGUUUCUCCAAGCCUUCACAUGUUUUCAUUGCAACUGACUCAUGAAUCAUGGGUUCCAAGAGACCACAUGUGAUCAUGACACCGUCGACAACAGCUCCUGAUAACUACCAACAAGACCCUUUCUCUGUUAAUAUUUCUGAACUCCCAACAUCAAAUUCAAAUUUUGGCAACGUCUUCAACCCGUUUGAGAACACUCUUGUUAGCUCAUCAUCACGCAGAAGUUCCAUGUCCAAUCGCUCUUCUGGGAGCAAGAGCAACAACUCCAUCCAUGAAGUGAGUUUGAGCGGCUCGGCAUCCAAAUCCAUUCCCGUUAGGUAUGGCUCAAAGGGUGCAGAUUCUGAAGGACUAAGCGUGUCUCAGAGGGAACUCAGAGAUGAGGAUGCGAGGUUAGUGUACAUAAACGACCCUUUGAAAACGAAUGAGACCUUUUUGUUUGCUGGAAACUCUAUCCGCACGAGCAAAUACUCCCUCCUCAGUUUCAUUCCCAGGAACCUUUUUGAACAGUUUCACAGAAUUGCUUACGUGUACUUUCUCAUAAUUGCCAUUCUCAAUCAGCUUCCUCAGCUAGCAGUUUUUGGAAGAGCUGUUUCGAUCUUGCCACUGUCCUUUGUGCUGUUUGUCACAGCUGUGAAGGAUGCGUAUGAGGAUUGGAGAAGGCACAACAGUGAUAAAGUUGAGAACAAUAGGUUGGCAUCGGUUUUGGUUGAUGGAAACUUUUUGGAGAAGAGCUGGAGGGAUGUUAGAGUUGGUGAGGUGAUAAAGAUCAAGGCAAACGAACCCAUCCCCUGUGAUAUUGUGUUGCUCUCAACCAGUGAUCCAACUGGGGUUGCAUACGUGCAGACUAUUAAUCUAGAUGGGGAGUCAAAUUUGAAGACAAGGUAUGCAAAGCAAGAGACGCAUGGUAAGGAGGGGUUUGGUGGGGUGAUCAAGUGUGAGAAACCCAAUAGGAACAUAUAUGGAUUUCUGGCUAACAUGGAAGUUGAUGGCAAAAAGUUGUCACUUGGAUCCUCCAACAUUGUGCUUCGUGGAUGUGAGCUCAAGAAUACUACUUGGGCCAUUGGUGUUGCUGCGUAUUGUGGGAGUGAGACCAAGGCUAUGCUGAACAACUCAGGAGCUCCUUCUAAGAGGAGCAGAUUGGAGACACGCAUGAAUUUUGAGAUCAUUUGGCUCUCUUUCUUCCUCGUGGCAUUGUGUACAAUCACCUCAGUUUGUGCUGCUGUGUGGUUGAAGCGCCACAAGGAUGAGUUGAAUCUGUUACCAUAUUAUAGGAAACUAGAUUUUUCAGAGGGGGAAGUGGAAAGCUACGAAUACUAUGGAUGGGGGUUUGAAGUUCUCUUCACAUUCCUCAUGUCAGUUAUAGUGUUCCAGGUCAUGAUUCCCAUUUCCUUGUACAUUUCCAUGGAGCUUGUGAGGGUUGGUCAGGCCUUCUUCAUGAUCCGAGACAACAGAAUGUAUGAUGAGGAAACAAAGUCAAGGUUUCAGUGCAGAGCUUUGAACAUUAAUGAAGAUUUGGGGCAGAUUAAGUAUGUUUUCUCGGAUAAAACUGGCACACUAACUCAGAACAAGAUGGAGUUUCAAUGUGCAAGCAUCUGGGGGGUUGAUUACAGUUCUACAGAGAACAGCAUGGAGGGUGAUCAAGUUGAACAUUCUGUGGAAGUGGAUGGAAAGGUCUUCAGACCAAAGAUGAAGGUGAAAGUUAAUCCAGAACUUUUGCAGCUAGCAAGAAGUGGAUUUCUCAAUUUGGAGGGAAAACGGAUUCAUGAUUUCUUUCUAGCACUGGCAACCUGCAACACUAUUGUGCCUAUUGUUGUUGACUCGCCUGACCCUGAUGUCAAACUGAUAGAUUACCAAGGAGAAUCACCAGAUGAACAAGCAUUAGCUUAUGCUGCUGCAGCCUAUGGUUUUAUGCUAAUAGAACGAACGUCCGGCCAUAUAGUCAUCGAUAUUCAUGGACAAAGACGAAAGUUCAAUGUUUUGGGUAUGCAUGAGUUUGACAGUGACAGGAAGAGGAUGUCAGUUAUAUUGGGGUACCCUGACAAUUCUGUGAAAGUGUUUGUCAAAGGAGCAGACGCAUCCAUGCUUAAUGUGAUAGACAAGUCAUUUAACAUGGACUUAGUAAGAGCCACGGAAGCGCAUCUUCACUCUUACUCUUCCAUUGGUUUGAGGACACUUGUUAUUGGAAUGAGAGACUUGAAUGCUUCAGAAUUUGAGCAAUGGCAUGCAUCCUUCGAGGCUGCAAGCACGGCUGUUUUUGGUAGGGCUGCUAUGCUCCGCAAGGUUUCUAGCAUUGUGGAGAACAGUCUCAGCAUAUUAGGAGCAUCUGCCAUUGAAGAUAAACUGCAACAAGGUGUGCCUGAAUCCAUUGAGUCUCUAAGGAUUGCAGGGAUUAAAGUGUGGGUUCUGACUGGGGACAAACAAGAAACUGCCAUAUCCAUUGGCUACUCCUCAAAGCUCCUUACAAGCAAAAUGAAUCAGAUUAUAAUCAACAACAACAACAGAGCAGCAUGCAGAAAAAGUUUGCAAGAUGCCCUUGUCAUGUCUAAAAAGCUCACGUCCACAUCUAGCGUUGCCAACAAUUCUGGAGGAAGUUCAGAGGCAAAUCCAAUAGCCUUGAUAAUUGAUGGUACCAGUCUUGUGCAUAUUCUUGACAGUGAGCUUGAAGAAGAGCUAUUUCAACUUGCAAGUAGAUGUUCUGUUGUUCUAUGUUGCCGAGUUGCUCCACUGCAAAAGGCUGGCAUCGUUGCCCUUGUGAAGAAUAGGACAUCAGACAUGACUCUAGCCAUUGGAGACGGUGCUAAUGAUGUCUCAAUGAUCCAAAUGGCUGAUGUUGGAGUUGGCAUCAGUGGACAAGAGGGACGGCAAGCUGUAAUGGCAUCUGAUUUUGCAAUGGGGCAGUUUAGGUUUUUGGUUCCUCUCUUACUGAUACAUGGGCACUGGAAUUACCAACGACUUGGUUACAUGAUUCUAUACAAUUUUUACAGAAAUGCUGUCCUUGUUCUAGUCUUAUUUUGGUAUGUGCUCUACACUGCUUUCACUUUGACAACUGCCAUAAAUGAAUGGAGCACGACGUUAUACUCAAUAGUCUACAGCUCAUUACCAACUAUAGUUGUUGCUAUUCUAGACAAGGAUCUAGGUAAAAGGACACUCCUAAAGUACCCUCAACUUUACGGGGCAGGUCAGAGACAUGAGGCCUACAACAAGAAACUGUUUGCCUUGACAAUGUUAGAUACUUUGUGGCAAAGCAUGGUCAUUUUCUGGGCACCCCUCUUUGCAUAUUGGAGCAGCACAGUUGAUGUGUCAAGCAUUGGAGACCUUUGGACUUUUGGGGUUGUUAUUUUGGUGAAUUUGCACUUGGCCAUGGACGUUGUAAGGUGGUAUUGGGUGACCCAUGUUGCCAUUUGGGGUUCUAUUGUUGCAACUUUCAUUAGUGUCAUGAUCAUUGAAGCUUUUCCCAAUAUUCCUGGCUACUGGGCCUUCUUCAAUGCUGCAGGAACUGGAUUGUUCUGGUUAUUGUUGCUUGGAAUCAUAAUAGCAGCAUUGCUUCCACGUUUGGUUGUAAAAUAUGUUUAUGAAUAUUAUUUUCCCAAUGAUAUUCAGAUUUGUAGAGAAGCUGAGAAGAUUGAGUAUGAGAGAGCUGUUGAAAGUGCAGCAAUAGAGAUGUUUCCUAUCUCAAACAUUCUACCAAGAUAAGAGAAGUGAUCUUCUGUUGUUUUCUUUUUUGUAAAGUUGCAUAUUCUUUAGUCUACUUUAGAGUUUUUCUAUCUGUUUCCGGAUUUCAUUGGUUGCUAUCCGAAGGAUAGAGGUUUUGUUAUUCAGAGGUUUGUUGAAUCUUCAUUCUUUUGUAUCAUAAAAUGUAGCAUGUUGUAAAUUAGCAUUGAUUAAAGCAUAAAAGCAAAUAGUUGUUACUUAUUGUUAUUUUAUUAUUAUUAUUAUUAUUUAGAUGAAAGGGCUGAAUUCCUUA